AAAGCAAAUAACGAGUCCUAAUGAUUUUAUGAUAUAUUUAUUCUAUUUAUUAGUAAAUAUUAUAUUUAAUAUGUGCUAAAAUGUCUAGCAGAAUUACUAAUUCAAACAAGAACACAGUUCAAACCCAAGAUGAUUCCUCAUCUAUAACAAGGAGUAUUGCAGUUUCUGAACUUACGUUGUCCCAUUUGUCAGAAAUUAAUGAUAAUGAAAUUCUCAUAACGUCAAUCAAAAAAGGAUUUAAAACUGAAAAGAAAAUUCCAUUAAAGCUUCAUCACCCUGAUAACCAUGGUCAUGUACUUUUAAGUUAUAAAGGACCAAAAUUUACCAAUUGUUUUCCUCCUCAAAGUACUUUUAAAAUUAACGAAAUAUUAUUAAAAAAAGCAGCCUCUACAAGUGAUGAAUCCUCUUUGGGUGAUAUACAUGAUGGUUGCUGGGAUAUUCUUCAUCUUAGUACCAAGCAACAGAAUGAUUGUAAUUAUUUAUUAAACAAAGCCGUAAAAGAAAAAUAUACCGUUAUUCUUACAAUUGUAUUAGAAAUUAUCGAUAUAAAUAAUUCAUCAAAGCAACUUGCACUUUACUUACAUGGUAUUAAUGGUACACCAUUACAUCGUGCAGUGGUAGAAAAAGAUACGAAAAUUAUACAAACUCUUCUUGAAUAUAAGUUGGAUAUCAAUGCACAAGAUAAGGCAGGCUGGACACCACUUCUUGUUGCUGUCGAUUCAGAAAUUCCUAAUGUUGUGGAUCUUUUGAUAACUAAUGGUGCAGAUGUUAAUAUUCAAAAUAACCAAAAUCAAACACCACUUCACUACGCAGCCGAAAGAAAUAAUGAAAAAAUAUUAAUGAGUCUUCUUCAAAAUCAAGUAAAACUUAAUGAAAGAGACGACAAUGGUCAAACUCCACUUUUUUAUGCUGUUGCUGCAAAAAAUCUAAAUGUUGUUGAUAUUCUUUUGAAAAAAGGUGCGGAUUAUGAACUUAUAGAUUUCUUCGAUUAUACGCCAUUUCAUUUGGCAGCACAACUACAAAGUUUAGAUGUAAUUGAAGUUUUUCUUAAAAAUAAUAUAGAUGCUAAUCUUUCAAAUUUACGUAGACAAACUCCACUUUUUUAUUCAAGUAGAAAAUUAUUGAAUCCUCAACCAAAAUUUUUUUAUAAAGAAACAUGUCCAAAGGUUAUUCAUGCUCUUCUAAAGAAAGGUGCAAAUAUUAAUUUUCAAGAUUCACAAGGCCACACUCCUCUUCAUUAUGCUGUAAUAUCCGAUAAUAUUGAAUUUGCACAAACUCUACUUGAAUUUAAUGCUGAUGUAACCAUUCAAGAUAAAUUAGGCAAAAAUGUGCUUCAUUUAGCUUGUCAAUAUUCAAACAACCAAUGUACCUCAGUUCUCCUGAAUUUUAAUAUUGAUAUUAAUGCUGUGGAUAUCGAAAAGAGAACUGCACUUCAUAUGGCAGUUAAAGCCCAAAAUUAUAGUGCUGUUCAAUUAAUAUUAAAAAAAAAUCCAAAUAUUAAUAUGAAAGACAAAUUCAACAAAACAGCGCUACACUUGUCUAUAGAAUCAGAGUGCUUGCCUAUUAUUGAACUCCUUUUAAAAAAUCAAGCAAAUGUAAAUAUAACAGAUACAUUAGGAAGAACUGCACUACACAUUGCAUCAAUAAAUCCAAAUAUUAAAACAAAAAUUAUUGAAUUCAUUUUGAAUUCCACUUACGAUAUUAAUUUGAAAGAUAAUGAUGGAAGAACAGCUGCUCAUUUAGCAGCUUUAAAUCAUAAUUUUAGAACUCUUGAAUAUCUUUUAGAACAAAAUGCUAAUGUUAACGCAAAAAAUUUCCACGAGAAAACUCCCCUACAUUUAGCAAUGAAUCGAGAAAAAAAAUAUAGAGCAUGUUUUAAAUGUGUAAAAGUUCUUUUACAUUAUAAGGCCGAUAUCAAUGCUGUUGAUGAUAAUUUAACAAGUCCACUUCACUUGGCUUGUUUUAUCAAAAAUGCAGAGGUUGUUAAAUACCUCAUAGAAAAUGGAGCAAAUUCUAAUAUACCAGAUAAAUUAGGUAAUACUGUAUUUCACUAUGUAGGCAAACUUGAAUUAAACGGAGAAACAUUAUGGAUUGAUAAUAUAAAAAAACAUACUGAAAAUACAUUGAAUAUUCUUGUUAAAGAAAAUAUAUCAGUUAAUUGUGUUAAUAAAUCUGGUAAAACCCCUCUACAUCAUGCAGUAGAGGAUGGGUUUUCAUUUAUAAAUGAAUUAUUUUUAAAUAUUGGUGCUGAUGUUAAUAGUGUGGAUUCAGAUAAUAAUACAGCAUUUGAUAAUUUAGUUGAACGUAUAAACUAUUGUACCACAUAUAAUUCAACAAAUGAAUUAAUUAAACUAUAUAUUGAACACAUAGUUAAAAUGAAAGUUAUUAAGUCAGGGAUUCGAAAAACAUCUUUAGAAAAAAUUUACACAAUGAAAAAUGAAGAGAAUUUAAAAUGGAUUCAGUCUUAUGAACUUGCUUGUGAUGAAGAGCUUAAUUUAAUGAAGAUCACCCAUUUUGAUCAUAGUUGUCUAACUUACUAUGUUUUUUUUAAAAGAAAACCACAUGACGGAGUGAAUUUUGCAUUAAAUCAAUCUUUAGUGAAGUCUGUACAAUCGAAUAAACUGAAGCAUAUGUUUCCUAUUUAUGCACAUUUUUUAAAAUGUCAUCUACAUGAGAUUCAACAACGAAGGUAUUUGUAUGAAAAAAUUCAAGAAUGUUUGAAAUUAUAUAUUUUUAAAAAGUUACCAACAUGUUGUAUGUAUGAGAUAUUUAGCUACUUAAAUCAUUCUGAACUUGAUAUGUUUCUUAAAGCAAUGAAACCAGGUUUUUUGGAAAAAUAA